AUGUUGUUCACAGAUCCCACAAACGGCAUCAGACCGGCGUAUGCCGCCAUAGGCUUUCCUUUGAUAAUCAUUAUCUAUGUCAUUCACAGAGCCUACACAAACCCCCUUCGACACAUCCCAGGUCCAUGGCACACCCUCCUAACCCGCCUCCCUCUGAAAUACCACGUCCUCACCGGCCGUCGAAUGUACUACGUCGACGCCCUCCACGCCCAUCACGGCCCUAUCGUCCGCAUAUCCCCCCACGAAGUAGCCGUCGCGGACCCAGACGGCUUCAGCACCAUCCACCGCAUCGGAGGCGGCUUUCUCAAGGCCCCAUGGUACGAGGAGUCCAACGCGCCCAACGGCGGCGAGACGAGCAUCUUUGCGGUGCGGAACCCGAGGAAACACGCGAUUCGCAGGAAACUCCUCGGCCGGGUCUUCACCAAGGCUUUGCUGAGGAAGGAGUGGGAGGGCGUCGUCAGAGAGAAUGUCGAGAAGGCUGUGCGCAAGAUACGCGGAGAGGCGGAGGGGGGCGGUUGUUCGGAUGUGUUGAAGUGGUUCACCAUGAUGGCGACUGAUAUCGUUGCGCACCUGUGCUUUGGAGAGUCUUUCAAGAUGCUGGAACUGGGAGAGAAAAACGACUACAUGAAGAUGCUGGAACUCAUCAUGAUGCAGAAUAUCACGCGCUACGAGCUACCUUUGCUGCACUUCAUUCGCUCCCUCCUAUCAUUCUUCAAAUCCUCGACAGGCGUCGUGGAUGCGCGAGCUAUCCUCGACAGCUACGGCUAUCGCGCUCUCGCGAAUCUCCGCCAGAACAGCGGUCGUGGCAGAACCCUGUUUGCAGCCCUCUUGGACGCCCUUGACGCUGAUGAACCUAUCAACGACGGAGAAAAGGACGCAAGUGCAAACGUGAAGCUUACGGAAGAAAUGGUGCAAAGGGAAAGCCGGGGCAUUAUCAUCGGCGGCUCGGACACGACGUCGGUCACGUUGACUUACCUAGUUUGGGCGGUUUUGAAACGACCAGGCUUGAGACGCAAAGUAGAGGCAGAGGUUGCAAGUCUGAGCCCCGAUUUCGACGACGAUGCGCUUGAAAAGCUCCCGCUGCUCAACGCUGUCAUUGAGGAGACGUUGAGGCUGCACAGCGCCGUUCCGGGACAGCUGGCGAGGUCAGUGCCGGCGGGCGGCGCUACGCUCGGGGGCUACUUCAUCCCCGGCGGAGUCACGGUGGAGACGCAGGCCUACACUCUCCACCGGGAUCCGGAUGUGUGGCCGGAUCCUUUACGAUUCGAUGAAACACGUUUCUUGGACCAUAGCACACUUACUGAGCAACAAAAGCUCCUCUUCUCGCCCUGGGGUGCCGGCUCACGAAUUUGCCUCGGCGUAGAGCUUGCAAAAAUGGAAAUGCGAUUGGCGGUGGCCGUGCUCUUCCGGGAGUGCAAGGGGCUGAGGAUAGCGCCCGGGAUGACGAAUGAGAUGAUGGGGAUGAAAAACUUCUUCAUGAUUAGACCUGUUGGACGCAAGUGCGAGGUAACUCUGGGCUGA